GAAUGUGUAUGAUUUACCAAAGUUAGUUCCACAACGGCGAUAGAAUCUAAUUAACCGUCGUCCACCGAAGCAAUCAAACUCCGAUUCCUCAACCGUGGCUCCGGAUAUUUUACGGCGGUUGUUUCCGGCUCGGACGCGAAGAGCUGUCCCUGUUUUCCCUUUUGACUCGGCUGGAGAUGAACCUUUUCCGGUUCUGCUCCGGUCUGAAAGUUCUCGGCUAUUUCAUGAUUCUUCUCGUCUUCGCACUUGUUGCUGUAUCUUACUACGCCGUCGUCGUUACCACAUGGUGGCCGAUCUUGAUCCGCGGCGACCAUGGAGCUCUCUCUGCCCUCGCAAUCUUAAUCAUCUUUGUUUUCCAUUUCCUGCUGAUAAUGUUGUUGUGGAGCUACUUCGCAACAGUUUUUACAGACCCAGGUUCUGUUCCUGAGCAUUUCAGAAGAGAGAUGGGAGGUGGUGACAGUUUGGAGGCUGGUACUUCAACAGACCAAGGAGCUUUUGGCUCUUUAGGUUACUGUACCAAAUGCCGUAAUGUUAAGCCGCCUCGUUGCCAUCAUUGUUCUGUGUGUCAAAGAUGUGUGCUCAAGAUGGAUCAUCACUGUGUUUGGAUUGUCAAUUGUGUUGGAGCGCGCAAUUACAAGUUUUUCCUUCUCUUUCUGUUCUAUACUUUCUUUGAGACAUUGUUGGAUGUUAUAGUCUUGCUUCCUAGUUUUAUCGAAUUCUUCAGCCAGGCUGUUAAGCAUUCCUCUUCUCCUGGUAAACUAGCCUCCCUCGUUCUGGCAUUUGAUUCUAUCCCCUUGAUGCAGUUCUUAACUUUGCGUUCGUUCUCAGCCUUCUUUGUUUCGUAGUUAUGCAUCUUUCUCUUCUAUCAUCCAACACUACUUCAGUUGAGGUAAG